AUGUUGCGUUUGCUGGAUUUGCCUUUCGAUGUCCUACAGCGUAUCAUCGAGUUUCUUGAACCGAUCCGAAGACGACGCUUCCCCAAUGCUUUCCAAAUAUCACCAGGUCACAAGGUACCGGCCCAUUUCUGGACCUGCCGACAAUGGUACGACGCAGCUGUGCAGAUAUACUACGCAGAGAUUGAGAAGAGUCAAUACAAGUCGCUGGGUCUGUCUGCAGAUGACCUGGCCACGAUACCUGCCCCAGCUACACAGGCAGGAACCGCUCUGUCCCGCAAUGUCCAAAGGGUGGCGCUGAGACUUCAAGGGCAGCCGUCCAAUAGAAUCACAAUGGCGCCAUUUUUUGAGAUGGGCGCGAACAUUGGCAACGGUGUGGGGAAAGAGGAUGAGGCAGAUGACGACGCAGAAGAUGACGAAAAGUCUGUGGCCUCAACAAGUAUUCAGCCCGCCGUGUUCAAUCCUCCCGUAUGGCAAAAGAAGAUGGCAGACGGACUGAAUGGAUUUUCACAGCUGAUAUCAAGUUUCUCUGCGCUCAGAGAGGUCGCGUUCCAGGCCUUCCAUGGCUUUGAUGAAAACCCCGUCCCUCAAUGGGACUACCUCCUUUACCCAACCAUGCGACAAUUUGUACAACACCUGCCAAUCAAUCUCAAAUAUCUGACAUUGGAUCUCGCAGGCACUGGUCUUGUAGCUGGCAAUGGCUCGAAUUCUAAACAUCUUUGCCCAGACUUGAAGCCGUGCAUUCUUAGGGCUGAGCAUGUCCGUCUUCGUCUGCGUCAUGUCUGCCCCGCUGUGCUCGGUGUUCAAGACAUACACCAGCUACGUAGACAAGCAGGUCUUGUUGAAGAUCCCAGGAAUCACGACAAGAAAGAUAGCGAAGACCUAGAAACCGCUGGGAAUUUUAAUGAUUCGGUUCAGCCAGUCGCACCUCUUUCCAAAGCCUCGGAAGGCCAAUUCCAGCCAUCCUCUAUAACUCAAGAUAGCGAAAACACACGCCUCAAAUCCCUCACUAUCCGCCUCUCGCUCCCGUGGCUCGAUCGAAAACCCAACAGGCCUCUCCUUUUCGACGCACAACAAUGUCCGGAAUUUCCGCCUUUGCCCAAUCAACAACUCGGCCUCCACAUAACGAUGGCCCUUGCCGCUCACUACUUCCAGAGACAACAUCCCAGCGUCGAGGACAUGAAAGUGUCAUACUGCACUACGGCCGCUGAAUGCGAAACGAUUGACUGCAUUAAGUGGGCCUCAAUCGACCGGGGAAUCGACGUCUACAAGGACGAUGGCCAAGUCUGGGAUGACUGGAAGAACGACGAUGACCAUGGCGAAGACCAUGAGGCUGGGAAUUUCAUUGAACCCGAGAGAUGGCUUCAAGGCGCGAUGAGGCCGAAACCGGCUCUGACACCCAGGAUCUUUAAGCCGCAUUGGCGCGCUAGGAGUGUUCGGCGAGAGGGAAAUUAG